CAAAAAUGUGUUUUCAACGAAAGCGCUGUACUGCGCUGGUUGAUUGACUUUGUGUUGUUUUUAUCUGUUUGUACACUGAAAGUAAACAGAUAAAGAUAACAGACAAGAAGGCGAUACUCUUAAACUGACGUGGCCGGCUUGUGCAAACCGUGGGAGUUCCGGUGCGAGGACGGCAAGUGUGUUGGUGGAUGGGGGAGGUGCGACGGUGGAAGGCACUGCGGCGACCGCUCCGACGAGGAAGGCUGCAACGUGAUCCCCAGCGUGGCGCUCCCCGCCAACGCCUCGGUCACGGCCCGCGUGCAGUACGCGCAUGUACACGAAGCCAUCGAGCUGCACCUGUGCAGCGCCCAUUUCUGCAGCACUGUGUGGCUGCGGGGCGUGGGGGAAGACGGCACGCUGAGGACCACACGGACGGCUACGAUUUCUUCCCUCCCGGCGAGAAGGUGCUGGAGGCGCAGCACCGGCCCGGGCGGCUCGCCGUGUGGCUGCAGGGCCGGCCGGACGACGUGGCGGAGGUCCCCGUGGAGGCGGACUACGGCACGCUCAGGGUCAGGCCUUGGAACUGGGCCACCGACAUGCCCGUAGAGUUCAACGUGACGGCCGGCGACUGCGGGGCGUCGGAUCUCUUCAAGUGCAAGGACGGCAGCGGGUUCAUCGGUGGCUGUGUUCCUGGGCAGCGGAGGUGCAGCGGCGAAGAGGACUGUGGCGACGGCUCCGACGAGGAAGGCUGCGAUGCUCACACGGUGGCCCUGCCGCCAAACGCUUCGGUGACGGUGCGCGUGCAGUUUGCACGGUUGCAUCGCUACGUCGAGCUGCACCUGUGCGGCGCCCGGAACUGCAGCACCCUGAUGCUGCACGGCGAGAGGCCCGACGGCACGCUGGCGUACGAGGCGACCGCGUCCUGCAACCGCCUCGGCAGGGACUGCACCAACAUCCUCGAGGCCCACAUUUCAGGCCCGCACAACUUCGUCUUCGGCGAGGUGGUGCUGGAGGCGCAGCACCGGCCCGGGCGGCUCGCCGUGUGGCCGCAGGGCCGGCCGGAAGACGCGGCGGAGGUCCCCGUGGAGGCGGACUACGGCACGCUCAGGGUCAGGCCUUACGUCUGGUCCGCCGACAUGCCCGUGCAGUUCACUGGAAUCCGCCCGCCACGACUUCUUCCUGAAGAUGUUGAUGGAGCACUUGCUCUUUCAGUGGAAGCAGCUGUUGAUGCAGGAGGCGUUGGCCUGUUGUUUGAAGAACGUGGAGAGUUUGGCAUUUCCUCAUUACUGUUCUCUGGAACAUUGCUCUGAGCUGAAAGACGUACUCUGGGUGGAGUUUUAUUUGGUGAAAUUUCUCUGUAGUUUCUCUUGGUCACAUUCCUUGGAGAAGCUCCUGUUCACGGCAAAUAUAAAUUGUGUUUUUAGAAUGUUGCAUGAUUUCUCG